AUGACCGCAACCGAGGUGACGACGGUGGGGCCGCCGAAGCGGCGCCUGCUGGAGCACCUGUAUCGCCACGGCCGCGUGCAGGCGAAGGCGCUAAGCGUGUCCUGGAUCGGCCUCCUCUUGGGCGUGACCUGGCUGCUAUUGCACCCGAUCGCUACCGUCACGACUGGCGAGCUCAAGUGCCGCCAAACGUACUUCUCGGAGAACGCGCUCCUCGUGGACACGGUGACCUCGACCAUCGACGACACACAGGCGGCGUGGGCGAAAGCGUAUCAUCGCGAGUACAUCAAGCUUGACGCGGCUGGUGACAAUGGUUGCGCGCACGACAACUCGUGCGCGCACGUCAUGACGUGGAUCGAAGCGCAGCUGCGAGCGAUGCCAGGCGUCGAGUUCGACCGGCAAACGUACGCCGAGCAGCUCUACGACCACGACGAGUAUGUGAACCGGACCAACCUCUUUGCGAUCCUCCGCGCGUCGCCGCUCGCGGACGGGAAAGAGUCGAUCGUGCUCGUGGCGCAGUACCCCAACAUCCCUUCGACGAGCAAGAAUGGGUACUCGGCGCUGAGCGUUGGCCUCGCCAUGCUGCGCCACCUCGGCAGCGUCAAGUGGCUCGCGAAGGACAUCAUUCUGCUCCUUACCGACGACGGCCCGGACGACGGUCGCCACGGCCACUCGCCCGCCGUCGAAGCCUGGCUCGACGCGUACCACAACGAUCCGUUUGCGACAUCGAACGCGGCGCUCGACAUGCACGCCGGCGUCAUCCGCGCCGCCAUCAACCUCGAGACGAGUGGUGACGCGCACCGACACAACACGGUGGCGGUGCUUGGCGCGGGCGUGAACGGCCAGCUGCCCAACUUGGAUUUGAUCAACUCGGCGGUCGAGGCCCUCGAAAGCGAGCGCAUUCCCGUGGCCAUGGACCGCUGUGCGGACGCGCGCUUGGACUGCGACGGUGACGCGCUGUCGUCGACGCUGCGGGCCGUGCGCCGCUUUGUCGUGCGGCAAUUGGGCGCGUCAUCGGCCCUCUCGUCGUACUUUGACGGACUCUACCAUUUGCUUCGGUUCAUUCAAACGCUUGCGAUGGGGCCGUCCGGGCCGCACGCCAACUUUAUCCGGCACAACAUUGACGCGAUCACGCUCUCGGCGGUGCAGGCCUCGGGCGCGACGACGCCGCUCUCGCUUCUCGGCUGGCUGCGCUCGAUCGAGACGACCGUGCGCGCCAUGAGCAACGUCGAAGAAAAGCUGCACCAGUCGUUUUACUACUACCUCCUCGUGAGCCCGCGCCUGUUUGUGUCCAUUGGCGAGUACUACUACGUGCUCGUCCUCGUGCUGCUGCCGCUCUUUGCCCACGUUUUGUACCUCGUCGCCCACACGGCGGGGCUUCGCACCGCGCUCGCGCUCGCACUCUUUCUCGUGGCCGAGGCCUUGGGCGCGAUGGUGUUUCUCGUCGCGACGCACCUCGAAUGCCUCGACGGAGUCCUUGUCCUGGACCAAGCGACCACGACGAUGAGCAGGACGUAUGGCUGGACCCUUCUCGCCGUCGCCUCGGGCGUCGAGCUCCUUCUUGUCGUUGGUGUGCUCCCACUUCUGCAGCGCCAUGCCCUCACGCAGGGCAACCCGGACGAAGCCGACUGGCUCGUGAAGAUCGAUGACCAGCGCCGCGCGUUCAAGGCCACGCUGCCCGUCGACCCGGACGCCGACGCGGACGAGCCGCCGUUGGACGACUUGGCGCACGAUGUCCAUGGCUGGAAAGCGCUCAAAGUCCUUGCUUGCAUCGUUGCCAUCCUCGUGCACUGUGUGGUGGGUAUCAUCAACUACGCCUUUGCCAUUGCCGUGGUCGUGCCCAUGACCGCCUUGCUGGCGUCGGCGGUGCCGGCUGCAACACCGCAGUCGGUCGUCGGCCGCGGCCUCCGCGCGACGCUCGUCCUGCUCUCGAGCCCUCUCUUGCUCGCGCUCGUGCUGCAGUCGUUCCAGCCCCAGUUGCUGGACACGAUCGCGUACUUUGUGCAUGGCUACGUGCAUUACGGGUCGAUCGCGCUGCCGUACGCUUGCGUGGUCUACUUGCCGCUCCAUGCCUUGGCGCUUUGCAUUGUGGCGAUGCCACCGAAUCCGAUCAAGUCCAAAAUCGAUUAGAUUUCCCGACCUCCGUAAUCCUAGUGAAAGUG